UGAUUUCGGUGUCCGCAAUGUCCAUAUGAGAGCUACGAUGCAUGUUUUUGGUAGAAGCUCAUUUACUUUACCUGUUCCAUCGACAUAAGUUUCACAAACAAGAAGAUAUGAGACAUUAGUGAACUCGUUGAAGUAUUGCUCCAUAAUAGUCAUUUUUCUUUUCACAUCUCGCUCAAACUAAAAUGACUGGCUGUUGUGAAAUUGAUGCUGGCAGAAAAGCUUGUGUGCACAAUCACGCGCAAAAGUGAAGAAGCUCAACAGGAAGCUAGAGUGUUUCGGUGGCUCAGAAAAAGAAUAAGAGACAACAUUUCCGUUGUCAGUUCGAGUCAGUAAAUCAGCAGGCACAAUGUGCAGUGAAGUUAACACUCUUGAAGAAGAAAAAACAGCCUCGACAGACCCGGCAGACUAUGGCUGCAACUUCAGAAUCAUCGAUUGCAGCGAUUCAAUCAGGGACCUCCAAACAAUCAUCAGAGAUAAAAAUACCACGAGGAGUGACUUUAAAUUUUACGCUGAUCGGCUGAUUCGAUUAGUGAUAGAAGAAAGCUUAAACCAACUUCCGUAUACAGAAUGCUCCGUAGUCACACCUACCGGAGCCAUCUACGAUGGACUGAAGUAUCGAUCGGGGAACUGUGGUGUUUCGAUUAUACGAUCCGGAGAAGCGAUGGAACAGGGACUGCGAGACUGCUGCCGAUCGAUUAGGAUAGGAAAGAUACUGGUUGAAUCGAAUGCCGAAACGCAUGAGGCGAAGGUGGUGUAUGCGAGAUUCCCAGACGAUAUCUCCAAACGACAGGUGCUUCUCAUGUAUCCUAUCAUGGCAACGGGAAACACCGUUAUACAGGCAGUGAACGUGUUGAAAGAUCACGGCGUUCCGGAGACAUCGAUAAUCCUGUCGAAUCUGUUUUGUACCCCGAUAGCGGCUUCGAUGGUGGUGGAAGCUUUUCCGCAGAUGAAGAUUCUUACCUCGGAGUUGCACCCGGUGGCACCGAAUCACUUCGGUCAAAGGUACUUCGGUACGGACUAACCGACCAAAAAAAAAAACAAAAAAAAACGGCACAACCGUAGGCUGCACACGCUACAAAUCAUCGAUUGGGUAUUAGGGCGAGAAAAUGGCUCGAAACAUGUCGCCUGCUUCAGUAUCAGGAAUUUUCGGAUAGGUUAUUAGUUGGUAGACAACAGGGAUAACAGGACCGGCGGAAAAACUAUUCGAGUGGCUUGCAUCAUUCUGACGAACUGACCGAGACGGAUUCGUUGGCGAGAAAGAUUCGUACUUACUACAUUAAUCACCGGUCCAGGCCCUCAAUGUUGAUGCAGAAAUCCUAAGCAGUUUACAAAACUUUGUCGCAUUCGUAUCAAGAUUAUGCCGAGUUGUCAGUGAGCAUUCAGACGUCCUAACUGAACAUUGCAUCGCCGUGAUGAUGCCAACGCAGAACGGUACACUUAUGUGUAACUUAUUUAUUUUUAGUUUAUGUUGCAAUUUAGAGAGAUCAUUGUGUCCAACCAAAAUAUUGUCUAGGGUUUUGCCAGAUUUUACAUGUAAGAAAAAAAUGCCACAUUAGUUCAAGCUGAGUUUUAAGUACAGUUGUAAUAGGUCAAAAUGUAGUGGAUCUUAGAUAAAUCUAUAUUCUACUUAAUUCUUCGAAAGCCUCGCAUGGUAUUUUCUCUUUGGUUAAUGAAAAACAAGAUGACUAGUCAGAGUGCUUAAUUCAACAGUAAUGUUACACUAGCUUUAUUUUUAGUCAAUAAUUUAUUACAACUACUACAGUGAUA